CAUACCAACUCACUCCAAGCGACGACGACCUGCUCUCUACAUAACGACCAGUCUUCGCCAUCCCACAACGACCAAAGUCAAAUAACUCUCAACAACACGACACCAAUAUCAUCCUCCCAUCCGGGAGUGACUUCGCUACCAUUCCGUACCUUGGCAACAACGUCACAACGGCUUACCCAAAGUCCAUCCUGAAGAACUCACCCCCUUCAUCACCCAAGAUGCCUUCCGCACGCACAAAUCAGCCUACCAUCGUUCACUCACGGCCUUCCACGGCCAAGAAGGAGCGCGUGGUCGGCUUCUACGAGGACCCAGUCGACUCUUUCUCCCGCCCCGUCAACACUGCCGAGAGCUGGGCCGCCUACCACUUCGAGAUGCACGCCAGGAAGUGUGCUUACUGCCACAACCCUUACGAAGUCCACCGCAACCACGAGCAGCUCUGCGAUGUCGGCCACAGUCUUGCUCAACAGGUCGCUCGCUACAUCUACCAGAAGUCCGAUGGAGCCACCUACUCAACUGUCGAGGAAGACAACAAGCUCGUUCGCGUAGAGAUCCCUGCCGGCUACGUCGAGGUCUGCAGCCUCCUCAAGGCCAUUGAGCGCAGCAUCCGUCACCGAUCCCGCAAGCCAUUCGUCUCCAUGGACCGCAGCUACUAUGUUGCUCCCCGCACAGCACCCGCCUCUCCCCGACGAAGCCACUCCGUCAAGGUUGAGCAAGAGCCAAAGACCAAGAAGUCAUCAUCACGACGCAACAGCGAAAUUGUCGACUGGCCACAGCACUCCACCAGCCGGCCGAAGCGUCCACUCGCCGAGAUCAGCAACACUCCCAACUCCAAGCGCGGGUCGCUCUACGAGGAGGAAGUAGCUAAGCAGCGCCGGGCUGCAAAGCACUACGCUGUCGAGGUCCGUGAGCCAUCAUCACGCGACAUCCGCGAGCACCGGUCGUCUGGCUACUACCGAUGAAUGAUGACUUGAAGACUUUCUUUGCGCCUUACGAUAUACGAUCUAUUGAAUAAUACGAUACCCACACUACCAUCUACGGCUACGAGGCCUAGCGGCCGCGCGGUCAACCGCUCCGAUCCCACCACGACGACAUCCGCGGGCGGACGCUGCAAAAGCUCCGCGCCGGUGCGCGCCACCGCCAAACACACUUUCAUACAUGCUUUAUCGCACGCCU